ACCGGAGGCGAGCCUGGCUUCCGUCCCGGCGAUGCCUGAUGACGUCACUUCCUGUCCGGACGCGGAUUGGCUGAGGCUCCGGGACGUGAGCGGUGGCGCCCAGAUUUCCUUCCCUAACGUACCGUAGGCGAUAUUUGCCUGCAGGGUCGCUUCUCUGACAUUCUGUUCAUGGCUGCGAUAAAGGCCAUAAACUCCAAGGCUGAGGUGGCACGGGCCCAGGCGGCCUUGGCCGUCAAUAUAUGCGCCGCCCGAGGGCUGCAGGAUGUGUUGCGGACCAACUUGGGUCCCAAGGGCACCAUGAAAAUGCUUGUUUCUGGGGCAGGAGAUGUCAAACUCACCAAAGAUGGCAAUGUGCUUCUCCAUGAGAUGCAAAUUCAACACCCAACAGCUUCCUUGAUAGCAAAAGUAGCAACAGCCCAGGAUGACAUUACAGGAGAUGGUACUACUUCAAAUGUUCUAAUCAUUGGAGAGUUACUAAAACAAGCUGAUCUUUACAUUUCUGAGGGCCUGCACCCUAGAAUAAUAGCUGAAGGCUUUGAAAUUGCAAAAAUAAAGGCACUUGAAGUUUUGGAACAAGUUAAAAUUAAAAAAGAGAUGAAAAGAGAAAUCCUUUUAGAUGUGGCUAGAACAUCUCUACAAACUAAGGUUCAUCCUCAACUGGCUGAUGUGUUAACAGAGGCUGUGGUGGAUUCUGUUUUGGCAAUUAGGAGACCGAAUUAUCCUAUCGAUCUCUUCAUGGUAGAAAUCAUGGAGAUGAAGCAUAAAUCGGAAACAGAUACAAAGUUGAUCAAAGGGUUAGUUCUGGAUCAUGGUGCCCGUCAUCCAGAUAUGAAGAAACGAGUAGAUGAUGCGUUUAUCCUUACCUGUAAUGUAUCGCUAGAAUAUGAAAAAACUGAGGUGAGCUCUGGUUUCUUUUAUAAGACUGCAGAAGAGAAAGAGAAAUUGGUAAAAGCUGAAAGAAAAUUUAUUGAAGACAGAGUACAAAAAAUAAUAGACUUGAAAGACAAAGUCUGUGCUCAAUCCAAUAAAGGAUUUGUUGUCAUUAAUCAAAAGGGAAUUGAUCCAUUUUCCUUAGAUGCUCUUGCAAAACAUGGCAUUUUAGCUCUUCGUAGAGCAAAAAGAAGAAACAUGGAAAGACUCUCUCUUGCUUGUGGUGGAGUGGCUGUGAAUUCUGUUGAAGACCUCAGUGUAGAUUGCUUGGGACAUGCUGGUCUUGUAUAUGAGUACACAUUAGGUGAGGAAAAAUACACUUUUAUUGAGGACUGCAUUAACCCUCGCUCUGUCACCUUGUUGGUUAAGGGACCAAAUAAGCAUACUCUCACACAAAUCAAGGAUGCUGUAAGGGAUGGACUUCGUGCCAUCAAAAAUGCCAUUGAAGAUGGUUGUGUUGUUCCGGGAGCAGGUGCUGUUGAAGUGGCAAUAGCUGAAGCUCUAGUUACAUACAAGCACACGAUACAAGGAAGAGCUCGUCUUGGAGUCCAAGCUUUUGCUGAUGCUUUACUCAUUAUCCCUAAGGUUCUUGCUCAGAAUUCUGGUUAUGACCUGCAGGAGACACUAGUAAAAGUUCAGGCUGAGCAUUCAGAUUCAAAACAACCAGUCGGCAUAGAUCUGAAUACAGGUGAGCCAAUGGUAGCAGCAGAUGCAGGAGUGUGGGAUAAUUAUUGUGUAAAAAAACAACUUCUUCACUCUUGCACUGUGAUCGCCACCAACAUUCUUCUGGUUGAUGAAAUUAUGCGAGCUGGUAUGUCUUCUCUCAAAGGGUGACUGAGUUCAAAAUCAACUCUUCUAGAAGCUGAGACUCAGCACAUCUUACAUCCAAUUCCCAUUAUGGAACCUGAGCCAUUCUCAAUUUUGACACAAUAAAUGCAGUUUAUAUUUGUUGGUCUUAGAAGUCUCAAAAGUAUUUCAUCAAGGUAUAAAGAACAUAAGAAAUAUUUUCACAGGAAAGAAAUAUUGAUGAAAAUAUUUUUCCCUUUGAAGUUCUAACUCCUUACCCUUUAUUGUAUGUAUGAUAUUUUGAUAUAACAAGAAAAACAUAUUUGGUCUUUAUCCCUGGUUCCUGGCACAAGCUCUGCUAAAACCUUUGUAAUUUCCUGAGUAAUGGGGGUAAUGGGAACAUUUUUUAUUAUAAUAUUUAGUCUUGGUCCCUGGUUCCUAAGAUCUUCUAAGACCCUUGAAAUCUCUGGAAUUCAUAAGGGUGCUUUUUGUGUGCUAAUGAGAUGAGUCUUGAUGGGCUCCUGCAUAGCUUCAGGCUGGGGCUGGUUACCAGAGGAACCAACCAUGUGAUCAGAGGGUUAGGACUUUAAGCCUCCCUACCCUGGGAGGGAAGGGAAAAGGGCUAGAGAUUGAGUUACUAAUCAAUUAUACCUACCUGAUGAAGCUUCUAUAGACUAAUCCCUGAACUGUGGGGUUUGGAGAGCCUCAUAAAGAGCUUUUGGAGAGGUUGGUGAAUAUAUCCAUGUGUUGGGAGGGUGGUGCACGCCAACUCCAUGAAGACCAAACUCCUGUAGUCAGAAUGCUUAUGGACCUCGCCAUAUAUACCUCUGCAUCUGGCUGUUUAUAUUCUUUAUAAUAUCCUUUGUAAUAAACUGGUAAGUGUAAGUAAGUGUUUCCCCAAGUUUUGUGAGCUGCCAUAGCAAAUUAUCAACCCUGAGAUGGAAGGGAUUAUGGGAACGGAAGUUGGACAGAAGUGUGAGUAACAUGUGGACCCACUGCUUGUUGCUUGGUGUCUGAGCUCGGGGGUGAUAUUGUGGAACUGAGCCCUUAACCUUGGAGUCUGUGCCAAGUCUUGGUAGUUAGUGUCAGAAUUGAAUUGUAGGGCACUCAGUUGUGUCUGAAGAGCUAGAGAAUUAGUUGGUGUGGGAAAACCCCCACACAUUUGGUUUCAAAUGUGAGUAGAGGAAACAAUUUUCCUUUAAUAUGCUAUUGCAGUUUCCAU